UUUUACCUUGUGAUGGGGCUGCUGAUGACAGAGGCAAAACAACCCGGGGAGAAUUGUGUGUACUAACAACGAGCGUCGACUUGAAAUAUAACGUAACACUACCAUUUUGAUGGUUUAUUAGGUCAACAACGGGAUGUAGCCCAUGGACAUGGCGUAUGAUGAGAGACUUGCACAUUUCCGCCAAACCCGCCUCAAUCCUUUUGAUCGGGGAGAAGAUGAAGAAGAUGGUCCCCAUGGAGGCAAGACACCACCCCAGCACGAAGUGAGGCCAGAGCUGUUCUCUGCGAUGAGAACCCAAAGCUCAGAUCGGACCAUGGACCUCGGUCUAGCUGAAGACCACUUUUCAAGGCCUGUGGGUUCGUUUGUGGCAUCCGACAUUGAACAGCUGAAACUGGCCAUAGAGGAGUGUAAAAAGCUGAUCCUGGAGCUGCCAGAACAUUCAGAGCGACAGAAGGACACCGUGGUCAAACUUAUCCACCUACGUCUCAAACUGCAGGAGCUAAAGGACCCGGAGGAGGACGAGCCUAAUCUGAGAACUCUACUGGAGCAUCGCUUCUCGAAAGAGAAGAGCAAGAGCGUCAAACAGACCUGUGACAAGUGUAGCACAAUUAUCUGGGGCCUUAUUCAGACUUGGUAUACCUGCACAGGUUGUUAUUACCGUUGCCAUAGUAAGUGUAUGAACCUGAUUACCAAGCCCUGUGUCAGGUCCAAGGUCAGCCACCAGUCGGAGUAUGAGCUCAGCAUCUGUCCAGAGAUAGGACUGGACCGACAGGACUACCGCUGUGCAGAAUGUCGCAUACCUAUUUCACUGAGGGGGGUGCCAAGUGAAGCCAGACAGUGUGACUACACAGGCCAGUAUUACUGCAGCACAUGCCACUGGAACGACACAGCCAUCAUACCAGCGAGGGUCAUCCACAACUGGGAGUUUGAACCAAGAAAGGUUUGUCGAUCGUCACUGCGUUACCUGGCCCUGAUGAUGUCACGACCAGUGCUGAAGCUGAAAGAAAUUAACCCGCUGCUGUUCAACUUUGUUGAGGAACUGGUUGAGAUCCGGAAACUCAGACAAGACAUUCUGCUGAUGAAACCAUAUUUUAUAACUUGUAAGGAGGCCAUGGAGGCUCGGCUAUUACUACAGCUACAAGAUCGGCAGCACUUUGUGGAGAACGAUGACAUGUACUCACUGCAGGAUUUGAUCGACAUUUCAAGCGGCAGACUCAGCUGCUCCCUCACAGAGAUUCACACCACAUUUGCAAAGCACAUCAAACUUGACUGUGAUCGUUGUCAGGCCAAAGGAUUUGUGUGUGAGCUGUGUAAGGAGGGAGAUAUCCUUUUUCCUUUUGACAGUCACACCUCAGUCUGCCAUGACUGCUCUGCUGUCUUCCACAGGGAUUGUUAUUAUGACAACUCCACAACGUGUCCGAAAUGUACUCGGAUGACUGAUCGCAAGCAAGACGAGGUUUCAGAUGUAAAAGAUGCCUAACUCUGAAAAUGAAGGCUGGAUUUUGCACUUUGCCUGGUGUUGUUGAAGAUUUGCUUCCCGUGUUUUUCCUGGUUUGUUUUGUGCUUUGUGUAUACUGUAGUGUCUUAAUGGUCCUGUGCACUACAUAAUGAAGCAGGGUACCCAAAAACCCACUUGUAAAUUAAUAUAUAUUUUUAUCAAACUUUUUAAAUCAUACUGAAAUUCGAUGGACUGAACACUGUGUGUGUUUGUGUUAGUGUCUACUUUUAUAAAUGUACAAUAUACAUGAAAUUUGAUGACAAGCCAACAUAACAGUGGGUGAUUUUUAGGAAUGCACAUUAUUGGAUCUUAUCGGAUGAUGCAGAUGCCAAAAUUCACAGUCAUUAUGGACAAUAUUGAUACUGAUAUAUGUAUGUAGUUAAGACCUAAGAACUUCAGUCCUUAAAACACACUUUAGAUUAAAGGAUUGAUGAUAAACAAAAAGACUUCAGCUGAUGUAGGUCUGUUGGUCUUGGCUGAAACUCUACAAAUUUAAAAAUAUUGACAGCUGAUACUUUGGUUGUAAGUGUUGGCAGAAGUUUGCAUAUCUGUGGACACCGUCAGCAGAUUUAAAAUUAUACCUCUACCAUGCCAAUAAUAUCCUGCAUCUCCCUUGUUUAUGCAUGCUACAAGCCUCAACUGCAUUUAGCUGUACUGCCAACAUAGGCGAAUGGUUUAACAUACAUUUUUAGACUCAUAAAUCCAGCCUACUGAUGCAAAAUCACAAAACCCAUGAAACUAUACAACCCAGAAACCUCCCUUUUAGCCUCUGCAUCUCUGUUUUGUUUUUCUCAAAUCCUCCAAAAGAGCAACCUUGCACAGAACUUUACAAGCAACAAUUUAUUGUUCAGUAUUAAUUUGAUGGACUGUUUUUUUUUUUGUCUGAACAUUCCUAUUAUUUGUUAAAAUGCCAUUCAUCUCUAAUAUCCCUGAAGCAGCAUGUGCUCUACCUUCAUUUGUGUUCCCUGCAUUUUCUUUUUAGACUCAUUCUGUUGAUCAGCUUAUGUUGUGCAAUGUUUGAAACACAUUUUCAGGUCUCAGAGCAAUAUUUUGUUCCCCUAGUUAAAGUAAAGGUCUCGGUUUUUUAUUUUACGUAAGCCAACAUAGAUGCUGAAAGAAAAAAUGCAUGGUUUGCAUUUGUUUGACCAAACAACUUGCAUAAAACCAGAUCAAAGCUAUAGGUUGAAAAUAUACCUACAUCUACAGAAACAAAGCAUGCCUCGUCAGUAAAUUUUCUUCAGUAGAUCAUUUUCUUAAAAAAUGUCCUUUACUAUGUUGAAUACUGUGAACUCAUCGUAGUCAGUCUGUUCUGUGUUUAACCAGGUUCAGUUUAGUGCACUGUGUAGCAAAUAGAUGUGAAAUCUUAUAAAAACGGUGUGCCUAAGUUUAUCAGCAGCUAACAUACAAGCGUCUUAAUACACUAACGUUCAUGGUAAAUGAUUCAGUCUUAGUGUUCCUAUAGCACAUUAUGUCCAGAGAUGACAACGAUGUUAUGUGACAUCUUUGGUAAUGUAAAAACGUGCAAUUCUGAAGUAUUUGUCUUAAAAUAAUCAGUUUUGGCUGUGUUAUCUUUCAGCAUGAUGUUCUGUUUUUUUUUUUCAAACUAAUUGAUAGACAUGCCUUUUGUGAAAGCCAUGUCCUGUUGGAAAACAUGGAGUAAUGCAUGAAUAAAGAUAUGACGUGUUAAAGCUGCAGUUUUGUGUUCGUUAGGGUUCUUAGUAUCUCAGAUGUGGAAAUUUGACCUUUUCUUAACAGCAUUAGAAUAAUAAUUGGAAAAAAUAUUUGAAUGCAUUCAUUAUUAGCAGACAGUUUACAAUUAUAUCUCAUGUUCUGACUGAAUGUUUGACUGUGCAAAAAAAAUGUCAUCCAAUUUUAUUGUAAACACAGCCUGACCUGACCCCUUAAGGCCCUUGUAACCCUGCUUCUGUUUUGUAACCCCAAGUACACAUAAGAUCUGUUUUUUUUAUGGUCAAAAGGAAAGAAAAAAAACAAAAUAAUCAAAAAAAUAUUAGAAUAACAUGCAGUGCUGUGUACCGUUUUACUACAUGAGCAAUACAAUGCCUGUGAAAAGUAUUCAGGCCGUUGGAUGUUUUGCUUCCCAGUGAGGAUGGUGAGUUUGUGGUGAUGGGCAGUGUCUGGUGUUCACCAAACAUAGCACCCUGCCUGAAGGUCAAAAAGCACUAUUUUGGUCUCACAGACCGAGGAACUUUCUUCCACUUGACUAUGGAGUCUCCCACAUGCCCUCUGGCAAGCUCUAGUUGAAAUUCAAUAUAGGUUUUCUCAUUUACACUCUCUAUUAAAGCUUUGGUGAA